AUGACUUUUGUUCUUGUUAAGAGUUUUGUAGAAGUUUAUGAUUCUCGUACUGAUAUAUGUCUAUCAGAUUCUGUUCGAUCAAAAAAUUCUGAAUCAAAAUCAAAAUCAACAUCAAUACGAUCUGUUCUAUACUAUCUUUGUUCAACACAUUCAGAUUGUCAAAGUUUAGAAGAAUAUCUUGGUAUCGAUAAAUUUGAUGUUGGUGAACCUAGUGAAGAAUUUAAAAAUCUUAUUAAACAAUUUACUAGAGAAUCUAAACCGGAAAAUAAAAAAAGUCAAGAAUUUGAUAAUAUAUUAAAGAAGAUUAAUCCAAGUAUAACAUUUACUGGUGAUCAGAGAGGUGGUGAUUUUGAACAUUUAUUUCGUGGCAAUCGACCAGAUUUCAUAUGGUCCAUUAAUAAUAAUUUUUAUCCAUGGAAUAUCGUCUCAAUAAUUGAAAAAAAAAGCAAUAUUAUCAGACAAAAUGAUAUUUCUCAAAUGUUGGAGUAUUUAAGAUCAAUUGUUAAAGUAUUUCCUGAACGAAAAUAUGCCAUCGAAUGUUUAACAAAUUAUAAACGAAUAAUUUUUGGUAAAGUAUCAAUAAUUAAUGAUAAAUUUCAGUACGAGAGAUUUAGCUCCGACAAUGUACUUGAAAACUUUUGGAAAUUUCUACAUUGCAAUAAAAAUCAUUUAGGAUAUGUACAAUUUUCUAUUCCAAAUGUUUUCGAAAUUAAAUCAUUAUUAGGUAGUGGUGCAAAUGCUAUGGUGUAUCGAAUUUCAUAUAAUAAUAUUGAAUAUGCAAUGAAAAUUUCAAAUAAAAUGUCAAGAAAAGAAUAUGAUAUAGUUCAACAAAUGAAAGGUUAUAUGAAUAUAUCUGAUUUAGAUUAUAAAACGAUUGAAAUCGAUGUUCAAGAAGGUUUUAUUUUAUCAAAUCCAGUUGGAACAAUGAUAAAGAAUGAUGAUAUAUGUAAAAAAAAAUAUAUUAUUCAAAUAUUAAAACAAUUAGCUAUUGUUCAAAAAACUGGAUAUGUACAUCGAGAUAUUCGAAUACAUAAUAUAAUAUUAGAUAGGAAUGAUUAUGCAUAUUUAAUUGAUUGGAAUUCAUCAACAUUUAAUGGUUUCAAAGGUGAAUAUGAAGGUGCAUUUAUAACCGCAUCAACACCUGUAUUGAAACAAUAUUCAUCAUCAAAUGGUAAACAAGUCUCAAGUUAUUAUGCUGAUGAUUGGAUAUCAAUAAUUUAUAUGAUAUUGUUAUCUCGUUGUUCAAAAGACAAAAAAAAAGACUUACAGAUUCAUGCUGGUGACGGUAUAGCUUAUGAGUUAAUAAUUGACCGUCGAGAGAUUUUAGAAAAUAAAGCAAUUCUACCAAAUGAAACUGAUUUAUUAAAUUAUAACAAAGAAGUUAUUGAUUGUCUAUAUGAAAUAGAACUUGAACGAGAAAAUUUAACAAAUAUCGAUGAUUUAUAUAAACGAUGUAUGAAAUUAAUUGAAGCAAUGCUCAAAUAUGGUUUGGUAUCAUAA